AUGGAGGCCCGUCCGUCUGCGAGUGGCAGGCGGCCCUCCACAGCCUCCUCGCAAUUGCGGAGUAUGGCGCUUGCAAAUUCGACUGCAAUGGGGACGAGCAGCGGGGGGCCACUUAGGCAGCGGUUGCGUGGGUCACGCAUCAAUAAGAAUAUUUUGUGUAGUAAAGUCAUGUACGCCGACGACUCUGAUCUCAUGGUGUCGCUGAUGCAACAGGCAUGUCCCAGGUUCCCUGAAAAUGCCAAGCGUCCCAGCGGCAGCGAGAGCUGCGAGCAAACGGAGACCGACUCACAACUCUACAUUAAGGCCCUGUCGCGCGGGCUCGAUGAGGCGUUGGUGAGGAAGCGCAAAACGAAUGCGAAGAGCCAAUCGGCUUCGAAGGAGAGCGUUGCGUCGUGGGUGCAGUCCGGCAAUGCGCCCAGUGCGACUCCUGCGGCGACGGCGACGGCGACGGCGACGGCGGCGGCAGCGGCAGCGGGGGGGGAAAAGGGUGCGCUGGAGGUGUGGAUGGAGGGGCAGCGUGCGAAGCAACGCGUCACCCGCAGCGCAGAACCGUUCAGUAAAAAUAGAUCCUUGGUAAUUGCCAUCAACAACGGACGUUUUCCCAGAGAUGCGAACGCUCCAAUAUCGGAGGCGGCUAGGAAAUGGGAGAAGGCGCAGCAACCUCUACACCGCCGCCGCAACCACCGAGAGCGGCCGCGGCAAAAAGUAGAGGAAGAGGAAGACGACGAUGGUGUGGGCGAGGAACGGAAGCGUCAGGAGGCAUCGCUGUCGUCCCCCAAAGGCUGUAAUGGGUUUCCGACCCUCUUGGAGAGGUUGAAGCGGGAGCCCGUGCAAAGUUGGCGGUUGAUUCAUAAUCUCACAGAGGAGCCAGCGUCCCCCGUUAAGGGGCGACGAGAGCUUACGGGUUGUCGAACGGUGGACUCCAUGUUUGUAGAAAGGUUGCGGCAUAAAUUUGACUACGUAAGUUACAAGGAACAGUUCGACCUGGAUAAGUCCUUGGCCGCGCGGGAUGUGUGCCGCUUUAUGGUGAUGCGUCAUGAGACAUCCACCAACGGCCAGCCCCCGCUACGCGCGUUGGCGAAUAUGUUUCAACGAAAUAGAGCACGUUUUAGCGCCACGAAGCGUGAACUGCCGCCUGGCCCCGGUGAGGCUUUUCUUUGGAGAAGUGUGUGGAUGAGAAGAGCAAACGAGAUUGCGCUUGAGGAGGAGCGGCGACGUAUCAUCGAUGGAAUUCAGGCCUUUGAGCUUCGUGUGCCGGCGGCUUCCCUCUCCAAGGAGGCCGUAGAUGGGAUGCAAAAAGACAUUGUCAAACUGUUGAAGCAGUGGCCUUGCAGUUACCGGAAGCGCCACAUCUUUACAAAGUUCAACUUCGUGGAGUGGGUGAGGGAGCGCAACAAACUCUCACCGACGGCAGGCACUCAACAACAGCAGUGCCACGGCCUGGCGGAGUCCAUGGCCUCCCGUGCGGAGGCUUUAUUCAUUGAACAUGUUUUGACCCUUUUGCCUGAGGACAAAGGCGUUCACGUCACUCGAAGGCCUGCAACCGCGCAGUAA